AUGUCUACUGCUAGCGAUCGUGUUGAGGUGACGGAGCCUAAACGCGUGUACGAUGCACAGCCAAAGUCACAUCAAGCCAUGGAUGCUCAGCAGCCGCAUCCCGAGACGACAGACGACGUCAACAUGCGCGGAGGCGAUGACGGCGAUUGCUGUCCCGGCCGCUUUUGCUUCAUUAUCCCCUGCCCGAUUCCCAUCGACUGCUGCAUCUUCCCAUGCCCGUGCUAA